AUGAGUGAGCAGGUGGCCACAGGGGAGGGCGCGGGGGGGGCCUGGGGCGUCAACGCGGCUGCUUUGCACGGCGCCUGCACGCCCGCCCACCACCCGCUGUACACCGAGACCGCCCACGUGAACACGGGCGGCGUAACCUGCAACGCCGUGACCUACAGCGUGCCGCCGCCGCCCUUGUGUCCGCACGCGCCCUCGCCCGACGCGUACCCCGCCUGCGCCCUCUGCGCCGCACGCGACCACCCGCCGCCCACCCUCCACCACCACGGCCCGCCCGUCCCGCCCGCGAGCGCGGAGGAGGCGCGGACGCUCGCCCUGCAGCUGCGGGCGGCGGCCAUUCUGAACAAAAGCGAGCUGGCUGUUCCCGUGGCCACCUUCCACCUCUCAGUGCCGCCCCCGCGCACGCCCACGGCCGCGCUGGCUCUCCCGCCGCCCGCUUUCCCCUAUCCUCCGCCCACACCCACUAGCACGUCUUACGAGGACGCUGUAGGCGUGCACGCCGCGUGCGAGAGCGCCCCCUUCAGUGUCCACGGCGGCGGCCCCGGCUCGCCCCUCCUGCCCUUCCACCCGCCGCCCACCCCAACGCCCGCGCUCACGACCGCCUGCAGCACCAGCCCCCUGCCCGCCCCCGCCUCCCCCUGCCCCCUCUCUCCUCCACCUGUGCCUCCACCAUGGCGCUCGCCUCCGCCACGGCCUCCACCAACUCCAUCCCUGACGGCAUCCUUGACGCGCCGUCUUCUUCCUCCUCAGCAGCACCCUCGUUAUUUUAUAAGAGUUGAGGGCGGGUACACCAGUCCCCUCGCCCCCUCUCUGGAUGCUGUGUUCUCCAGGGUCGCUGUGGCUGUGAACGCACCUCUCCUGCGUCUUGGUGUGCUGUGA